UAUGAACAGAUUAUCAAGAAACGACUACAAAGCUCACUCAAGAAUGGACAAAGUUUGUGCAUCAAAAAGGACAUGGUCUUUAUGUGGCGCACAUAGAGGACACGAUUCCCAAAGAAAAAUGUCAAAUCGCAGAAAAGCUGAUGAUAAGACCUCACAGAAGAAAAGGCGAAGUAAGAGCGCUUUACCACCACAAGGUCAGAGGAGGUCAAUGCCACAAAAACAUGGUCAAGCUGGACAGCGCAAAAGACGAACACACGGACAUAAUAGUUCUAGAGCGGAAAUAAGGAACCAGUCUGAAUAUGAGUUGAAGAUGUAUCUCGACGAAAAUUAUGACUGCGUGCAACAUACAAACAGAAAUAAAAGAGAAACUUCCAAAGUACCCGCUUCACAAUGGAAUGAUACAAAAGUGUCAGAAGAUGUUUCACCAAAGUGCCAACCGAAGUUAAAAAGGAAGG